CGGACCUGGAAACAACAGAAUAAUUCGCUCUAUCUGUUAUACGACUCACCUAGCAAUGACUGACGUCCAAAAGCCUGGCACCCCAAAGCGGGUGACCAUGGCAGGUGAACAGAGAGCCUCAUCUGGAAGUUCCAGAGGGAGUGGCAAGCGAUCAGGCUCUCCUGAAAAAAGGGUCCCAAGUGCUGUACAAAGAUGGAAGCGACAACAUGAGCAAUCCAUGAUGGAAAAGCUUGUUGGUUUAAGAAAUGAGAAGAAGGAACUAACUAAAAUUUCACGAGAGCAAGCAAGAAAUGUUGCAAGAAAAAUCCCUACUGAAUUACUUGGCAGAGACUGGUUGAAUAUGAUUGAAGCUACUCUUGAGACAAGAGCAUAUUUAGUUGAGAAACUAAUGCCUACUCUGAUUCUAGGAGUAGAAAAGUUACUAAAUGAAGCAGAUAAGAGGGGAUUAGCAGGAAAAGAUGCAAGAGACCCUAACUUUAAUCCAAUUAAUUUCUUGGCACAGCAUUUAAUGAGGAAUAAUCCAAGGUAUAGCAAUUUCUCAGAGGCAUCACCAUAUGUGAGGACACUGAGAGAAAUAACUGAAGAAUUGAAGAGGGAGUUAUUCAAUAUUGAAGACAACAGACUGGCUCGCAUUAAGUCUGAGGCUCGUCGUCGUCGUGAAGAAAGAGAGAAGAAUGAAGCAAUGAAGCUUGCAGAGCGUGUGACAAGGAUGAAAAUGCUCAUGGACCAGUUCAAGGAAUGGAGUGCCGUACCUGAUGGAACAGUUGAACUCCAACUGCUGCAAAAUGCUCUACGGUCGUUUGUGGAGCUAUCAGAGAAGUUUCCAGAGCAUCUUCAAGCUGCGGCGAAGUUAAGUCAGCCUCUGGAAUCGACUGACGAAUCUGGCAAGUCUCUCACUGUGAAGGAGUUUGCAAAGUAUGUGAUCCAGUACACAGACGAGCUAUCGGAGACCCUGUUUGAACGUUUUAUGAUGCACAUGGCCAAAUGUGCCGCUGCAAACCGCUCCCUGACUAUGCGUGAGGCCCGACGUAUUCACCUCACGAACCUCUUCCUGUCAUGUGAUCACAGCGGGAUUGGUUUAUUGGAUCGCCAUCGUAUUCUGAGUCUGUUUGAAAAUUACUGGGACAGCGCUAAAGAUGAAAUAAAAGGCAACCUUUGCAAUCCCAGAAAAUGGCCAGUUGUUGAGGUAGAUGAGGCUGAUGAUUCCAUCAGCGAUGAGGAUGAGGAGCAAACCCCAACGUCAGGGGGAGGUAAAACUGGUAAACCUGCCAGCCCAGUGGGAGGUAAACCAGCCAGCCCACCUCCAAACAAUCAGGAGAAGGCACAGGAGCAGACACAAGUUACUGUUGAGCAGAAACAGGAACCAGCUAGUGGUGCGCAGGAGGAAAAGAAAGAAGAGCCUGCAAAGACUGAAACAGCUGAACCUGAAAAACCAACAGAACAGGGGAAAGAGGCAGAAGAAAAGAAAGAAGAAAAGGUUGAAGAUAAAUCAGAAGAACAGAAGGAAGAAAGCAAACCUGAAGAACCAAAAGCAGAACAAACGGAACAAAAAGAAGCAACUGAUGUUAAACCAGAAGAAGCAAAGACUGAAGAAGCUAAACCAGAAACUGAAGAAGUCAAGAAAGAAACAGAACAAGCAAAGGCAGAGACUGCAACUGAAACAGGAACAGGAACUGGUACAGUUGAAAAAACUGAGACUGCAGUUGGUGGGACAGGUACGGAAACUGAUGAGCAGGUUCCACAGACAGCUGAAACUGGUACAAGCAGAGAACAGACACAGGCUAAGGCUGAUGAACAGACUGAAGAGGGUGCUGAUAAAGAGAAGGAAGGAGAGAUUGAAGCAGAUGUGGCAUUGACAGUAGACAUGAUGAAACCUAAGACGCCAGCUACUGCUGGCCAGCAGACAGUCCAAUUUGCUGAUGGUACACAAUUUGAGAGGGAUAAUACUGCCAUGACCAAUGUGAGCCUAGCCACGGGACAAUCAACAUUUGACGAGAAUUCCCUAAAUGUGUCGCAGUUCGUCCAGGUGACCGAGACAUUCCUCGGUAACGAGCCGACCUUUGGAAGUUUUGAUCGCCUCAUGAAGUACAUCAAGUCGGAGUAUCAGGAGACAGAGGAUGAAAAGAUGGAGAGACUGAUGAGGGCCCGCAAAGAAGCGAUGUCAUCCCGUCGUAAGAUGUUACUGGACCAACUCUUCGACAAGUGGGAUAACGACGGCUCUGGUUUCCUAGACCAGGAGGAGGUGGAGAAUGUUAUGACGAAAUACAAGGACGGACAGGAGUCGGAUUCCAUUGAGAAGGCUAAGACUGAGAUGAAAAAGAAAACAAAGCAGCCACAAGAUAACCGGUUGAGCCGACGUGAGUUCCGUACCUUUGUUACCAUGGUAGCUGAUCAGAUGCCGGGGGCCGAUGCCUUUGAGUACUUCGUUGAGUUCCUCAACCUUAGUGUGGAGCAAGCCUCCGACGUAGCGAGUCUCAUGAUAGAUAAUUUUUAUCUUCGACGUACAUAUGCUGAGCGUAUUCGAGGAGAGGCGCGUAAGAAAUGGCUUCAACACAUCAUCACAGCUGCUGAUACUGGCGGAGCCUCCAUUGAUCCUGUGUACAAGGCCGUGUUCCAGGCUCUAUUUAAGGAUGCGGAGGCUCAUGGGGGAGGCAAGAACAUCUCCGCAAACAUCGCCAUGUUGGAGCGUAACAACGUGGCUAGGGAUAGAGGUGACGUGAUGUUACGCUAUGUGGCAGCCACCACUGAGGAUGCAGAUUUUCUCCUCGGCAAGAUUCUCUACAAGGACAUGAAGGGGAUCAGUUUUUCGGCUGUGGAGAGUGGCAAACCGAUCCAUGUUCCACGGGUGGCGAACCAUGGCAACAUCAUGUUCUGGAACCCUUACAGGAAACCUGAUGAAAGGGAGGGAUCGUUCAUUGUUAUCCCACUGAAGGACAGGAGGAAGCGGGUAUUUGGCCUUCUGGGUAUGGACACGCUCGCCGACUCCCACACCAAGAGCAUCUUUAUCACGCAUGAGAUACAGUUCUUCCAGGGUGUGUCAAAAUCAUUCAGCAUAGCGUACCACAGUAUUGACCUGCGUAAGAAGCUGCUGAGGAUAACGGAGAGCGCCGUUUCCUGGAUCCAUCGACGUAGCCCGCACGUGAAGGAGAUCGUGUGCUACAUUGUUGAACCAGACGAGGAAAGUAAGGACUUUGUCCUGAGGAAAAUGAUGAUGACGGACAAGCGGGGUGCUAUACAGAACCUCAAUCAGCCUCCGAGGCUUAUGAGGAAGGAUAACCUCUUUAGGGACUACCUUUUCAAGGCCGUCGACAACUCUGAAAGUGUGUCAGCCGAUGCUUAUGGAGAGCACCACCUCGCAUUCCCGCUACGUAACGAUCAAGGCCGCACACAGGCAAUCCUUGAUAUCAGCAUAGGGGAGCUAAAACAACUUCCAAGCCAUGAGAAUCGUGAGGUCCAGCGUAUGUUACGUCUCCUGCAGAUGGCACAUAAGGAAAUUAAUAAAGAAAUGGCUGGCGAGGACAAGAAUGUUGUACUAGAGGCUGAAAACAAUGAAGAAACACGCAUGGAUAUUAUGUUUGACCGCCUUAUGUUGAUGGAACUUCGCGAAAAUGUGACCAAGGUCGACACAAAGGCGUUUGCCGAGCUGCGUAGCUACAACGACCCACCAAGGAUUGUACACGACAUUCUGAAGUCGGUUACUGCAAUUUUCAGCUUCCAAGAGACAGAGCAGGGAAUGUUUGAUGACUGGCAACAGAUGAAAGGGCAAAUCAACAACGACCUUCUACAGAAGAUCGUAGCCUAUGAUCCGACAGCCGGCCAGGACCUUAUUCCUCCAGAAAAAAUCGAGCGAUACUUGAAAAAUGUUCCGCACGGGGAGGUAGCGAAACACAGCUCUGUCCCUGCACAGCACAUGUACAACUGGGUGUUCGUGUGUCUGUCCCUCAUUGAGCACACACUCAAAAUGCGAGAUAAUAACGAUGAUAUUCUCCCGCCCGCCAAGGACAGCGCAGAGAAAGAACGGACUGAUGAACAAAUUGUCUCUGAACAGACGAAUGAGCAAGAAGCUACUAGUUAAGCCUAACACUGUGAUUCAAAAAAUAAAUAAUCUAUUUUGAUAUGCCUUAGUUGACUUUUAUGCGUAAAGCAUGUCAUUUAUAACAAAUUACUUUUGUAGAGUUUAUGAGCUAUUUUGAAAAGUCUAUAGUUACAGAAUAUACAAUGAAAUAAAUACUGUUAUUUGAAUGUUUAAGAUGUGUGUGAUCUUCUGUGAAUACCUUAGAUACGUUUUCAUAUAUAAUAGCAAUAAGAACAAUCAUAUUUUAAAUAACAAUAAAUCUUAAUAUAAGUGAGAACAUGCCUGUGAAGUUUUUUUUACCAUGUCUGCCUUAAAGAGACUUGUUCAUGUUUUUAAGGGUCAGAAAUCGAAACAACUAAAUUUUAACGAAGGUUUAAAAAAUGUUUGCCAACAUUAAAACUGUAAACAAGUCCCUUUAAAGGUAUUAUUUUGACUUGAAAAUGUGCAACUUUUUAAUAUUACAGACUCUGUUUGUUUUUAGGGAAAUUAUUUGUAUAAAUUGUAAAAAAUAGCUGAAGUUAGCUGAUUUCUAUAUUUCUAUAUUUCCACUUAACAAUGAUAAGCCAUAACUCAUAAGAGGAUGUUUUAUGUGAAUACAGCGCCUUCUUCAGUGAAAAUAUGUUUUUCCACUGUUCAUGUUUUAAUGCAUUUUACCUGUGAUAAUUGUUUCAAUAGUGUUGUGAAGUCUGUGAUACCUUCAUUUUUUACAAUACACCAAGCAUUUUCGUGGCUGAUAAUGUUUAUUUAAAUAAAACUAUAAAAAAGUU